UGCACUUGUAAUAUGAGCAUAAAUUCUUCGUGCGGUUAAAAUAAAAAUUUCAACUUAAAAGUAGUAAAAUUUCAACGGUUUUGUUACCUAGUUUUCUUUUAUACAUUUUUGAAAAAAAAAAUUAAAUAAAUUCAAAAUAAAAGUGAUGAUAUUAUGUUUGAAAAGUGGAAAUCUAAAUCGAAAAAGUUAAAUCAUAACUUUUUAGUACAAAUUGAAAUUUUUUAGUACCAACUCCACCCUACUGAACAUCAUUUAAACCAUUUAAAAAAGGAUUACAAUGAAAUGUGUUUUAAUUGUUAUAUCAGUGUUUUUAACAACAGUUGGAGGUUCUGAUGGAUUGCUUUUUGAUAAAAGUGCAUUAAAAAAUCUUUUUACAAGUGGAGUUCUUGAUUUAAAUAUAUUGCGAUGUAUUGUUCAUAAUACAAAUGUCUGUCCACAUCCGGAUGUAAAUUUUCGAGUUUAUACACCGAAAGGACCACGACUUGGGGUUGAACUAAGUAUUAAGACACCAUGGAGUCUCUAUAAAGCCGGGUAUAGUAAAAGUCGAGAAUUGGUAUUUGUUAUACAUGGUUUUAAUGGAACUGCUCAAGACAACCACUUAAUUUAUCUGAGAGAUGCUUAUCUGUCACGGGAUUAUAAUGUGAUUACAGUUGAUUGGAAGCCAUUGACACAAUAUCCAUGCUAUUUGACAGCACUUAUAAAUACAAGAUUAGCAGCUCAGUGUGCAGCACAGAUUUACUCUUUCAUAACACAUCAUGGCACACCUCGUGAAAAAAUAACAUGCGUUGGACAUUCUCUUGGUGCUCAUAUUUGUGGAAUGAUAAGCAAUCACCUCACAAAGAAACAAUACAGGAUAAUUGGAUUAGAUCCUGCUCGACCAUUAAUUGAAAGAAAGAAAACCGACAGUUUCCGUUUGACCUUAGACGAUGCAAGUGUUAUCCAAGUAAUUCAUACAAAUGCAGGUUAUUUGGGACAAAGUGAAAAUACAGGACACUUGAAUUAUUGCAUCAAUGGUGGAACAUAUCAACCCUACUGUAAAGGACAUCCAAUAAGAAGAUCUCGAUGCAGUCAUUUUAUGAGCAUUUGUUUUCUGGCAAAUGCAAUGUUUAAGCACAAGAAAUUCAUUGGAGUUCCUUGUCCAAAUGGCUGCGUUAAAAUAUCAGGUCCAGGUCGAUUGCCAGUAUCAACGAGGAAUCCCUUUAAAAUUGAUACACUCUUGCAAGAGUAUAGAAUGGGAAAUGAUGCACCCGAUAAUGCUCGUGGAUGUUUUUGUCUCGACGUGCCCUUUGCCAAACAUUGUCCAUUCACCCAAGCUGAAUAAACAUUCUUUUUUAUUUUGUUUUAAUCUACGAAAGUGUUCAUCUUUUUUUAAAUUUAAAAAUAUUAUUAUAUAUUUGAAAUUUAGUUUUAAUUGCUUUGCAAAAAUCUUUGUAGUAUUCCCUUAUUUAUUUUAUUGAAACUUAAGAUUGUGAUUUGCAAUGUUAGAAAU